AAACGUGAUCAUUUAUUGUUUCAUACCAUCUACGCUUGCAAAACAGAUGAACAUACCCGCCGCUAUCUCUAGAAGUCCCUCAUUCAGCGCCAUAGUCGGCCGAACAAAAGGGAAAUGUCCCAUAAAUCACAAUAAACAUAUAAUUUGUGCCAUUAAUCACAAUUGAACUGAGAUACCAAUGGGACAUCCCAUCUUAAAAAAAUAACAAAAGACUUUCAUUUAACUGACUGUUAGCUUAUUCUCAAUCUUUACCCUCCUAAAAGCAUAGUAAAUUAAUCAUUUUCUUCCGUUCAGUGUUAACUCGAAACGCGUGAACACGUUCUGAUCUCAGGUAACUUCUCGUGAACUCCUGUGACUUUGUCAUAAAAUCUCGCAAGUUCUCGUGACUUUGACCUACUUGUGACCUCUGGUGACCUCUUGUGACCUCUUGACCUCCUCUGACCUUAGUUGUGCACUGGAAGUGUGGCCAUGAACUCGGAGUACCCCGAUGAUCCUGUGCUGCGUGAUCUGACCGACGAAGAGAUUGGGGAAUUCAGGGAGGCUUUCCAGCACUUCGACAAAGACAGAGACGGAACCAUAUCUACCAAAGAAUUAGGUGUGGUGUUGAGGAGUUUGGGUCAGAACCCGACCGAGCAGGACUUGGCGGAGAUGAUUAACGAGGUGGACGAAGACGGCAAUGGGACUCUGGAGUUCAAGGAGUUCCUGACUAUGAUGGCUGUGCGGAUGAGCAGUCAGGAUGCGGAGCAGGAGAUCAGGGAGGCCUUCAGGGUAUUCGACAAGGACGGGUCAGGCACCAUAUCCUCCUCAGAACUCAGGUACGUGAUGACUAAUCUGGGAGAGAAGUUGACGGACGAGGAGGUGGACGAGAUGAUAGCCGAGGCAGACAUAGACGGGGACGGGGAGAUCAACUACGAGGAGUUUGUCAAAAUGAUGACCUCCAGGUGACCCCCACCCACCCCCUCCUCACACUCCCCGCACAAACCUCAGGUCACACACAUACACACACAUACACACCCACAGGUCACGUGAGGACAUGAUGUCUGAAGUCACGUGGACGCCAACAGUCACGUGGUCCUGACUGCAUAUCUUCCAUCUCAUGCGAAUAAACAGAAUCAGGGAAGCGAGGACUAAGAAGGACGUCUACUUGGCAAUCAAUAAAUAGUUAAUGAUGAUGGAAUACAAAAACGCAACAAAGUAAAAAUAGUUUCUUUGAUAUCUUCUUGUCAAAUUUCCCAUGUCACAAGGGGGCUUAACAAUAAAAUUGGGGAUUAUUUUUGGUUAUACUCCCCCUAUUGAUUUAUUAAGCACCUCAAAUUUUCAAAGCCUAACAACGAAGCAAGUGUGUACACUUUCCGACACUGAUACAAGGGGUACGGCUGGUAUUUAGAGUGUCCAGGUUGGCCUGCUGCUCAAAGAAAAGUUAACAAAAAGCUACCUCAAAAGGGUAUUAAGAGAAUAAUAUAUGAGACCAUAUUCCACACUUUUUGGCAAUUUGCUUGAUUUCUGGAAAGAUUCCAGUAGGAAGUAGUCGGACAGUCAGUAGUUAAAGUAUCCUAAUGGGAAUUUGCAAGAAGAUCCAAUCACUGCCUUGGUUUUAAUUAGUUUCAAAUCAUUUUCGUUUAUUAAAGAAGGAACUAAUAAGUUUGAAAUGCUAACAGAGGUAUGAGGCCUAAAAGCUCGUCAUUUGUAAAAAGCCUGAAACUUCAAACUGUAUAAUUCAGUUGUCCGUAUUCUAACAGCUAAAUUUAAUUCAAGUUUUUGUACAAACUCAAGAUAAAUCAUUGUAUAUAAUUUCAUAAUUCAAUUCCG